CGCCUUUAACUGCGCCUUGUAUAUCGUUCUAUAAGCUUUGAUGCUUAGCCGCAUGCUCCAAAGUGCCGAGGUUCUUUCAUCAGGGCGUCGCUUGGCGCUUACCUCUGCCAAAAGCAAACCAGCGAGUUCCCUGCUUUAACAUAGUUCGCUUUGAAAACUCAUUUUGCCACUACCUAGAAAGACUUCAAGGUGUCUGAGGUAUCCUUGCUCGCCCAACUGAAGCCGACUCUGCCAAGCAGUCGCCAGUGAAUACUUACACGCACCUUAUGAAAACUCUGCUUUCAGCGUAUUUUAAUUUUUAUACCAAUGUCCCAAUGCCAGUCAGUGACUUUGCCGGCGCUACAAGAAAUGUUCCCCGAAAUGUCCGACGACAUUUUGCUGGCGGUGCUGGAUGCACAUAAUAAUGAUGUAGAGACCUCUAUUGCAGCUCUGUUGGAGAUGUCCGGGGAUGGCCCCGGCGACGUCACGGCAGCAGCAGCCGCGUGCCACGUCGCGAACCUGGCUGCGUCAACGCAUUUGGUGGAUGCAAGCGGGUCAUCUGGUCCAUUCGCUAACAAUGCGAAGCACAACACACAGCCACAUUACAAGAACCGCACCGUCGCGCAAAGGAAUCCAUCCGCGUCCACAGCAGCAGCAACAGCGACAGCCAUGCCAAGAGGAGAAACCUCAUCAGCAACAUCUGCACCUGGAACAUUGCCACUAUCACCUUCCCAACACCUGCAAAGAGGCCGCAGCGCCUCCGCGACCGCGAACAGCGACAACCAAGGCAGUAGCAGCCGCCACAACAACCCGAACGGCUCCGCCGGGGCUUCCACCAAACGUAAGACGUGGGGCCAACUACGAGCUGAACAGCAGCAACAGCAGCAGCAGGCCACGGCACAUCUGCUGCCACCAUCAGAACCGCGGAGGCAACACCACCAGCAGCAACAGCAGCAGCAGCUGGGGCAGCAGCAUGGACAACGUCUGGUAUCAACAUCAGAACCAGGAGCGGCUGGCGCUCCCCGAACCCACGCCGCGUUGUCAUCACCGGCGCCGCAGCAGCACCACCAACCCCGGUACACACCGCCUGGGGGCUCCUCCAAGUCCUUCUCUGCCGCGAUAAAACUCACAACAGCGCUGAGGCACGGUGGUGAAGAUGAGGACUUCCCGGCUCUCCCGCCACCCGGGGUGGCUGCUGCUGCUGUUGCUGCAGCCAGCCCGGUUUUGGCGGAGGCUGCUGUGGAGGUUCCUGCGGCUGCUAAAAGCGGCAAGAACUCGGUACGACAGCAGCACAUACGGCAAAUACGGCAGCAGGAAGCGCAGGAACCGCAACAGCAACGGAGUCGGCAGCGGCAGCAAGCAGCUUCAUGGCGGCGGUCGCCAUCGGCUACCGAAGCGGACUUGAACGGCAACCGGCGGCAACCGCAACCGUUAUUACAACCGUUGUCGUACGGCUAUGCAGAUGCAGCCCGAAUUGGAGCGGGAACGUGUGGUGUCGGGUUUGUUGAGGACGGAGUUGCGCGGGCCGUUGCCACUGCCAACGAACACAACGGUUGGCAGGCGGCAGCGGUGGACGAGCUUUGUCGUACGCACGGCUGGGCGGGACGAGAUCUGAUCGAGGCGGUUUGUACGGCACUGCAGUUCGAUCUUUGUGAGGUGGUUUCGGCGCUGGACGAGCUUUGCGCCGCCGCUUCGUGCCAAGAAGGGCAAGAAGGGGGCGGCGGCUGCCGUGGCGGUUCCUCUUCCUCCUCCUUCUCAUCCUCCCACGCUUCAUUACCCUCGUCUUCAUCGGACGACGACGACGACGACGACAGCCAUGAUGACGAUAACGGUGGCAUUGACGACUCGUUCCCUCAAUCAUCCUUACCGUUUCCUGGUGCUGUUGAUGAUGAUAACGGUGGUGACGUGGCACGUGAUGAUGGUGACGUGGCACGUGAUGAUGGUGACGUGGCACGUGAUGAUGAUGAUGAUUUUGCCGUGCAGUCGGGCGGCCCUCAUCGCCAACACCACAGGGCUGAAAAACACCAUCACCGCCGCCGCACAAAAGGCGAAGGCGGCGCCAAAGUCAGGCCACGUGAAGGCGCGCUGGAGUACGGCGAGGGGGACGGGCAGGGCGAGGGCGAGCAUGCGGAGGACGCCUACUACCGCCACCGGCGGGAGGCGAAUAAGCUGACACACGCCUGGCGCAAGAAGAUGAACAGGGCUUCUGCGGCCUUUGCCGCGGGUGACAGACCCGCGGGUCGGCAGCUGGUGGCGGAGGCGCAGGAGAUCCGCCGGCGGGCGGCGGCGGCGCACCUUGAGGCCGCGGGGCGGAUCGAGGCUGAGAUGAAUGCUGGACGGCAGCUUUCGGAGUGGCAGCUGGAUUUGCACGGCCUCCAUGCAGACGAGGCGCUGCAGGCCCUCGCACGCCGCAUCUCCGCUUUGGAACUGGGCAGCGCGGCGUCUUCCACUGCUGCAACCGCUCGUGCCAGCGCAGGCGGCGUGGGUGGCAAUGCAGCAGCAGGCAGCAGCAUGGCAGGCACUAGCAGCAACAUUACCAACAGCAAUAGCGACAGAAGCAGCAGCAGCAGGGCUCUAGCCUCCCGGCGCGUGCUGCAGGUAAUCGUGGGCCGGGGUCUGCACAGCUCUGGAGGCGAGGCCAGCCUGCCGCGAGUUGUGCAGGCCUACCUGCUGCAACAGGGCUACAAGUUCACAGCGGCUCGCGCGGGAUUGGUCGAGGUGCAGCUUCGCCAGCAGUACGCAGUGACCGCUGCUGCGGCAGGUGUUGUUGCCGGAGGGCGCAGCAAGUCAGCAGCUACGACAGCGGCGAUGAUGAUGGCACCGCCUGGCGGCUACCGUAACGGCGGUGGCAGCGGCAGCAAUACCGGUAGCAGUCGCGGCACCAAACCACCGCUAGCACGCUGCUAGCAAAAGGGUCCAAAGGGUCCAAUGCCUGACAGCAUAGCACCUAGCGCUGCUGGAAUGAAUCCACGUCCUGGACUGCUGAGCGAAUGCAUCCGUUAUUACCAGUAUUAGAGAUCAACUGGAGCACAAGAUAAGAGGAUGACGACGCGGCGGCCAGGGUUGUUCAGUGGGAUUGCUCAGAAGGCUGGGCUUCUAGCACAAGACUGGGAGGGGCUAGGAGGGGCCAGGAGGCUGGGAAGGGCGGUGGGAUCGGCCUAACCAAUUCACACCUGUAACGGCA